UAUUAAUUAUAGCUUGUAGUCAACGAAGGUGAUACCGUUAAACCAGGUCAUAAGGUAGCUAUUAUUUCAACUUCUGCUAAAGUGAUAGAGCAAGAUUCGUUGUUAUCGUCGUCUUCGUCGUCUUCUUCUUCAUCUUCAUCUGAGAGUGAAUCUGAGGAAGAUUCUCCUCAACCAAGCCAAAAGAUCAUUGAGAAGAAGAAAGCACCUAAUAUUGAGGCCACACCUAAAAGAAUUGAGACUUCAAUUACCACUGCUCCACAACUUCCACCCAAAAAAGGAGAAAGACGAGUUCCCAUGACAAGACUUCGAAAGCGAGUUAUGACACGGUUGAAGGAUUCACAAAACACAUAUGCAAUGCUAACAACUUUCAAUGAACUUGACAUGACUAAUCUGAUGAAGCUUCGUUCUGAUUACAAGGAAGUAUUUGUUGAAAAGCAUGGAGUCAAAUUGGGACUUAUGUCUUGUUUUAUCAAAGCUGCUAUUAGUGCACUCCAACAUCAGCCAAUUGUAAAUGCAGUCAUUGAUGGUGAUGAUAUUGUAUACAGAGAUUAUAUAGAUAUCAGUGUAGCUGUUGCUACUGCAAAGGGACUUGUUGUGCCAGUUAUCCGCAAUGCUGAGAAAAUGGAGUUAGCAGAGAUAGAAAAUCAAAUUAGCUGUUUUGGAAAGAAGGCAAACAAUGGAACUUUAUCAAUUGAUGAGAUGGUUGGAGGCACACUUACAAUAUCCAAUGGUGGUGUUUAUGGGAGCCUCUUGAGUACCCCUAUUAUUAACCCUCCUCAGUCAGCAAUCUUGGGUAUGCAUUCCAUCAUGAGUCGUCCAAUGAUGGUUGGGGGUAAUAUCGUCCCAAGGCCAAUGAUGUACAUUGCUCUAACAUAUGAUCAUAGAAUCAUUGAUGGAAGAGAAGCAGUUUAUUUUCUACGUCACAUCAAGGAUAUUGUGGAGGAUCCUCGUAGAUUGCUACUUGACUUGUGAAUUGUUAAUAAUGAACUCUUUUCUAGGUAUAUAAAAUGAUUGAUACCUAAGCUGAGAUAGUGCAUAACAAGUUUAAGUGCACAUCAUUUUCAUUGGAGUAAAUAGAAACAUUUAGAAUUCAUUUGUCAGAUAGAAU